AUGUUAGGCAGAGGAUGUACUGCAUUUCUAGAAAGGAAGGUUUUACUGACCUCUCAAUAUUUCAGAAACUUAAGUAUUUCUUCAACCCUUGAACCCGAAAAGCCUCUUGUAAAAACUGAUGUUCCCGGCCCAAAAUCCAAAGCUUUGCUUAAAGAACUCUCAUCUUUACAGCAAGCUGGCUCCGUGCAGUUGUUUGGAGACUAUAACAAGAGUAUCGGUAACUACUUUGUAGAUGCAGAUGGAAAUGUGUUUUUGGAUGCUUUCACACAAAUAUCAUCUGUUCCACUUGGAUAUAAUCAUCCAGAAAUGCUGACUGCAUUUGAAGAUAAACAAAACUUGCAAGAGCUGAUAAACAGGCCUGCUCUUGGGGUGUUUCCAGCAGUGCAGUGGCCCAAUAGACUAAAGAAUGUAUUAAUGUCUGUAGCACCCAAGGGUCUUAACAGUAUAGCAACAAUGAUGUGUGGUUCAUGUUCAAAUGAGAAUGCAUAUAAGGCUGUAUUCAUGUGGUACCGAAACAAACAAAGAGGCACUAAAACUGAUUUUAGCCCUGAGGAGUUGACAUCAUGUAUGUUAAAUCAGCAGCCAGGAUCACCCAAUAUGUCAAUUCUAUCUUUUGAGGGAGGUUUCCAUGGGCGUACAUUUGGAGCUCUCUCAACAACAAGGUCGAAACCAAUACACAAAUUGGACUGUCCUGCGUUUGAUUGGCCUGUCGCUCCCUUUCCAAGAUAUAAAUAUCCCCUCGAUCAACAUGUUUCCGAGAAUGAAAAGGAAGAUGCCAAAUGUCUCGAACAAGUAGCGGAUGUAAUUGAAAAGUACAAUAAAAAGGGCAAUCCUGUGGCGGGUGUCAUUGUGGAACCAAUACAAUCGGAGGGUGGUGAUCACGAAGCAUCUCCCGACUUCUUUCAAAAGCUACAGAAACUCUGCAAGGAGAAAGGUGUAGCAUUGAUCAUCGAUGAAGUGCAAACUGGAUGUGGACCCACUGGGAAGUUAUGGUGUUACGAGCACUUUUCAUUGCCCUCUCCACCAGAUGUAGUUACAUUCAGUAAGAAAAUGCUAACUGGAGGAUUUUACUUUAACACCGAAUUUAAGCCACCUCAUGCAUAUCGUGUAUUUAACACGUGGAUGGGAGACCCCGGGAAACUUAUUUUGCUAGAGAGAGUUUUGAAAGUAAUAAAGACACAAAAUUUGCUAGACGUCGUAAAUGAAAGUGGAAAAGUCCUUAAGAGUGGUCUUCAUGAAUUAGAAAAGGAAAUGCCGCAUCUAAUUAACAGUGUAAGAGGGAGAGGAACCUUUUUAUCUUUCAACGCACCUACAACUGAGUGCAGAGAUAAAAUAAAUAGCGAUUUAAAGAAAAAUGGUAUUAUCAGCGGUACUUGUGGGGAACUAGCCAUACGAUUGCGGCCAGCACUAAUAUUCCAGCCAAAGCAUGCGAAUAUCUACUUGGAUAUACUGCGUAAAACAUUGAAAAGUAUUAAUUAA